AUUUUGGUCCUACUUUAAAAGCAGAGACUGAGUUAUCUGUUAAUUCAGAAAAAAAACGAGAGGUGUACUUGUAACUGGGAGCAAACGUAAACGAAUGAAAACGACUUUAUUUGAUCAAUCACGCUGUGAGUAAGAAAUCAGAAAGGGGAAGCCUAUCAUCAGAGCUCAAUUUGCAAAUGCGUUUCCUAUUUGAGAUCAGCGUGAAGACAGCAGACAGAAUGUAACAUCCAAAAGACAGGAAAAGCAAAAAUGAACCAGACCGUGACUAGCAUGGGGAAUUGUGCAGGAAACCGAACGUUAGCGGAUUUGGUGAAGAGUUUCCAAGUCGUCGUUAAUCCACCUACGUUUGCUUUCGGCUUGUUCCUCAACAUCGGCGCCCUGUGGCUGCUCUGCGUCCGCUUUAGGAAGUGGACCGCGUCCACCGUCUACAUGGCAAACCUGGUCGUCUCAGACAUCCUGCUGCUGUUCUCGCUGCCGUUCAAGAUCUACGCCUACCAGAAGGGCCCGUGGUCCCUGGGCCCGGGAUUCUGCAAGUUCCUGGAGUCCCUGUACUACGUGAACACGUACGCCAGCAUUUUAAUCAUCACCAUGAUCAGCUUGGACCGCUACAUCGCCAUCAAACAUCCCUUCCUGGCCCGAAGCUUCAGAUCCACUAAGAAAACCAUGCUUGCCUGCACCGUGGUCUGGAUUGUUGUCUGGUCCUGCUGCCUCGGCAUUUAUUUCAAACGGGACGCCUGUUCUCCCCAGAACUCUCAAUACUGCUUCUUCAACCAUUCCAACUCUCUUUGGAAUGGGACGGUCGUGUCCUUCCUGCAAACAAUAUUCCUAGCGUCCGCUCUCAUCAUGAUCUUCUGUUCCGUGCAGAUUAUCAGGGCUCUGCAGAAAAGUGGGAACCAGAAACCAGAGGGCAAAUCCAAUAGGAAAUCCGUGAAAAUCGUCCUUUCCAAUCUGUUGACGUUUCUCGUCUGCUUCACCCCGUAUCAUGUAGGCAUGCUCGUCUACUUUUUAGUUCGGAAAGGCUCCAUAGAAGAUAAUUAUCGGCUGCCUGUGCGCAACUUUCUGCAGAUAUGUCUGUGUUUAGCGAAUAUAAACUGCGUCCUGGAUGCUGUCUACUACUAUUUUGUUGUUAAAGAGUUCUGGAAGGGAAACAGGAAAAGUAUGAAAUCAGUCAAUUUAGCUGAAGUAUAAUCAUUUCAGUCGCUAAGGUUUUUAUUUUGGUUGCCAAUUCAGGACAUUUCUUUUUAAAAACAAAAUAAAAACAGAUUGCAGAAACUUAGAAUAUAGAGUGGAAACUGAAAUGCGAAAACGGUAGACAUACUCAGUAGCAUCUAUGGGGAGAUAUCCCCUCUCUCGUCAGAGCUGGGAAAUGUUCCACUUGAGCUGGUUUUAAGGACACAUCCAGAGAAAGUUAAAAAUCACACCACACCAGGGUUAUACUCCAACAGAUUUAUUUGGAAGCACUAGCUU